UGGCUGAGCUGGUCGGGAAGAGGGCGGGGCUUGUUUCUUCGUCCUGGCACCAGUCUGCUCUGCAAGCAGCGAAAGGUGGAGAGAUUUCCCCCCUCUCACACUCUGUCUGUCACACACACAUACACACACAAACACGUAUAAACACACACGCGCGACCUGUGACUGAAACGGGACACAUCGAAACGUAACAGAAAUAUGGACCUGAGCCUGCGAGAUGCUCUGGGUGGGGGUGGAGGUGGGGUCUCAGGUGGGGCCCCUGCUGAGGCCCUGCUGAAGAGAGACUUCAUGGCCUCGCUGGAGAAAGAGAGCUAUGAUGACAAGGUGGGAGAGACAGUCUCCAAGAGCGACUACCGGCCCUUACUGGAUGGAAAAGACACCAAGAGUGGUCCAGGGAUGAUGUCAUCCAUGAUGUCGUCUGGGGGACGCCAAGACCCACCAGGACAUUCUGCAUUCAGCUCUGACUACCUGUCCGGUCCUAUGAUGGGUGGGAGGACAGAUCAAUGGAGCAAGACAAAGGACAAUAGCACGCCUGACUCAUUUCUAGGCUUUUCUCAGACUGGGAUGGGAGGGACCAUGGGGUCCAGCCUGCCACCGUUCCAGACCAGUAUGAGCUCCACCGUCGGCCAGACUGGGAUGGGUUCAGCUAUGGACACCCAGAAGAGUUCGGGCCUAUUUGGUGUGGAAAACAAAACCACCAGUAACACCAGUGGAAGCAAUCUGUUUUCUUCUGGUGGCCCAGGAAUCCACUCUAUGGAUCACUCUGCAGCUCCCAUCCUUUCUCCCAGCAGCUCAGUGGAUGACAGCAGUCUCACUUCCUCCGAACCCCUCAGCCCUGAGAGAGUGGGGCCGGGGGGCGAGGCUGCCAAGCAGCAGCAGCAGAGACGGCGAAAGAAGAAGAGGAAGGGCCAUGACCAGGUCUACAACUUCUUGGAUAGCCAGGAGAACAACAUUGGCCAAUCAGACAAGCAUAAGGGCGGACUGGAUGAGGAUGAGGACGAAGAGGAGAACUGGGAGUGGGACAUCAGAGAGAGUGGAGGAGGAGGUAGAGUGAAAGGCAGGAAAACUAAGAGUCGGGCAAGACUUCCAGAGGAGUGGGGAGCGCAGCAGCCCAUCUCUCCCACACUGGCUACAGUCACUCCUACCUGGGCUACAACUGCCAACUCUGGUCCUUCUGACUCCAAAGCUCCAGACUCCUACCACAGCCCUACAUUGCCCUCUGCCCCUACACAAAUACCCACAAAUUUCAUUAACCGUUCCCAUGCUAGCCUUGCAACAGAUUCAUCUCCACGCUCUUACGAGCCGAUGUGUAUAGACGAUUUCCCUUUGUCUGCUGAAGAGGGUCAAAAACACGAUGAAGAGAAAGUUUCGCCCAGCAAACCUGAACCUAACAGCACAGCUGCUAGUGUUGCCUACAACAGUGUUUUAGGUGAAGAUGUUAGUGGUAGUCUAGCAUUGUUGACAGGGGAUAAUCUGAGCCCAGUCUCCCAGACCUUCUCUUUCCUGGAUUCAGUCCUCCAGACUCCUCCAGGCUCCACUCCUGACUCACAGUCCACCACUCCUAUCACUAACACCCCCUCCCUUUCUACGGCUCCCCUGACAAAGUCCACUCCAACAGAAAUCGGCAUCCUUGCUUCACAAACCGCUUCAGUUUUCAACCCUUCCAAAAGCAUUCCAGACCUUCCUCCUACUUCCGCCUUGUCCAGCAACCCAUCACCUUUAACUGCCGCAGGCACACACCCUCCAAUAACAGCAGUCGGAUCGUCCCUCAACGUUGAUGCCAAGCCUUUUGUCCCCUCGGCCACACUCGUAUCCUCCACAGCCACACCCAGUACGACUGCACCUGCCCCGGUUGUUAGUACAGCAGCUGCCGCCACACCCCUUAGUUCCUCAGCCACUCCCCCAUCAUCACCAGCCACUCCCCCAAAAGGUGUAGCCACGGCCAUUAGCUCAGCAACAGCCACUCCCUCUCCAUCCAUCACCCCCGCAGCCCCUACUUCUCUCCCUGCACACUCAGAGCACCAGGAGUCCUCGUCGCCACAGCUCCCCCCACUGGAAGUGAAAUCUGACAACAAGGACAAGCAGGAGAAGACAGACAAGUUUGACACCUUUGAUAAGAAAGAGAAAGACGAUCAGCAGAAGAAGGACGCUGGUCCGGACAAGAACCAGAAGUCUGAGAAGAUCCUCAAAGAUGAGGAGAAGAUGGAAAAGAUGAACGCGGAGAAAAACAACAAGGCCAACGAGAAGGCAGAGAAGGUGGACAAGCCUGAGAAGACCAACAAAGACGAGAAGAAGGAAGAGGAGAAGAAGCUGGGCGAGAAGGGAGGGAAAGGGACAGCCAAGUCUCCAACAGGCAACAGCAGCAAGACCCUGCCCAGCCCUGACAGCAAGAGCAAGCCUGACGUGGGUUCAACUAAACCAAACUCAGCUAAAUCCCGCCCAUCCACCCUCUCCACCAAUGGCGAGGCCAAACGCCCUUCCCCCGCCACAGCCUCAGCCAAUAAAAAAAGCCCUGUACCCAAGGCGACCACACCUACCGCUGCCAAGCGGCCGCCAAAUGCAGCCGGCUCCGCUAAGGCUGCCAAGACUCCAGAAAAUGAGAAACGCCCACCUGUGCCAAAGGCCACGCCCCCACCCCGUGCAACAGCCAGUAAGAAUGGCUCCUCUGCGACUGCUGCAAGUAACCCUGCUGCGAGCAAGAAUGACAAGACUGAAAACAAGACAGGCGAGGCCAAGAAACCCAAGGCUACAGCCCGUCCUCGCCAAGCCUCCACCACUACUCCUGCUGCCUCCACUAACGGUGAAACCUCUCACCGCCGCCGUGUCAUCACUAAACCCCCCGUGCCCAAGCAGACCCCAAUGGAGAAGAAGCCGGCGGUGCCGCGUGCUCCUCGAACCCCCCGGCCCAUCAACGCUCCAACACCUGACCUGAAGAACGUCCGCUCCAAGAUCGGAUCCAUUGACAACAUCAAGUACCAGCCUGGUGGAGGAAAGGUCUCCUCCACCCCGAACAACAAGACGUCGGACUCCUCCACCCCUGCCGCCAAGGCCAGAGUUCAGAUAGUGCACAAAAAGUUGGACUUCAGCCAUAUCACGUCUCGCUGUGGCUCCAAGGACAAUAUCAAACAUGUCCCUGGAGGUGGCAAAGUUCAGAUCCUGCAUAAGAAGGUUGAUCUGAGCAAGGUGACGUCCAAAUGUGGCUCGAAGGACAACAUCAAAUAUAAGCCAGGUGGAGGGGAUGUGAAGAUUGAGACCCAUAAGCAAAACAUUAAGGCUAAGUCUAAGAUUGGAUCCAUGGACAACAUGGGGCCAGGCAACGACCAGACCAACGGACACAAGCUACAGGAGGAGAAAACAGAGAAAACAUCUUCACCCCCAAGUGGAGCUCCGACAACUGGAUCAGCAGGUGUUGCUAAGGCAACAGCACCAGGAGGUGUUGCCAAGGAGAAUGGGGUGAAGGAGCCCAAACCUACUCCUUUCGGAGGCGACGGACUGAGGGAGCAUAGCAUAGACAAACGCAUCACUGAGACAAAUUGAGUCCCAGUGACCAGUGGAUUUUGGUGGGAUACGCAUGGCGCCCGCCGACCUGCCAAUCAAACGAACAACCAACCUACCACGGCGCAGUCACUUCCCUUUGGCCCCGCCCUUCAUCUCGCCCACCGCAGCACCAAACCGACCGAUCGCCUCUCAGUGUUUCUCUGGGGUCUGCCUGCCAGCUUCCUGCUACCAACCCUGACCUUUAACCGCUCAACGGUUAAAUCUUUGGCCCUGCCUACCACUCAGAAGAGCACCUGCUGUUUGUCUGUGUUUCUUUGUGCAGAGUUCCACCAGCUUCUCGACUGAUAAAAUUCCCUUGUAAACACUAAUUAGAGGACUUUAACCUCAAACCCCAAAUUUAACUAUACCAACGCAAUAAACCCUCUAUUGUAGUCAGUGCUGUAUGGAAGUAUACUGAGCAUAGCCAUGUAUAAGUUGUAAGGCACAUAUAAGUCUAAUUACUGUUUUAACACGUGUUCUUAUAGUGCAAACACCCUGGCUCAGAAUUUACUCUAAUCUUUGGUCCGUCCUACAGGCCUUCACAAUUCAAAACCACUUUGAUCUUUGAAUCCUGCUAGCAAAUCUAUGCUAAUGCUACUAUUUUCUCCACCUUUGUUCCCAGUCCUUGUCCACUUAGCCCCCAACCACAAAAACCACCUGGGGGCCUGCUACCAGUCAGCAGCAGGGCAAAGUCUGCUUUAAAUCAACAUGUUCCAACCUCCCAGCCAGCCAGCGAUUAUUUCCGUAUCUACAACACUGCACGUUGUCACGUUAUAGGUACUUCUACAGCUCACUCAUCAAACAUUAUCUCUAUACAUCUCUCAGUAUCAUUGCACCAGUUUGUCCCACCCAAAUGUAUUACGAUAAUGCUUCCUUAUCUCUGGACAAUUGAUAUCAGGAUGCUCACCAUUAGCAGUGAUCGGUGCAGAGGACAGGGGCUUAUGAAGAGGAGACAGGAUGCAUUUGGAGACGUUUGGAAAUAGAUCUAAAGAUAAUGUUCAGAGUCAGAGCAGAAAGGCA